ACGAAAUUUUUGCGAAGCUUUUAUAUGUUAUUGUUUUAAUUUUAACAAAACAAAAAUGUAUAUAUAUCAAAUAUAAAUUGAGAAAAAUAAUUGACGAUUGCUUAUUGUAAUCAAAAAAAGUUAUUAAAAAUUACAACUUUAUUGGAAAAUAAAUUGUAAAAAAAAGGAGAAAAAAGUUUCUUAGAUUAUAUCCAUAGAUUAUGAACGUUCUUCAUUAGAUUAUAAUUUUAACGAGUCAACAAUUAUUUUCAUUGAUGUUUUUUCAAUUAGUGGUGUUCCUAUAAAUAAUCUGAAUAGUAAACACUGUAUUAUUAAUUUAAUUUGGAGAACAUUUGUGAUAAAUAGAUUAAAGACUUUUCAAUUGUGAAAAUUAUUUCUAUAUUUCGGAGAACAAAAAUAAAAAAAAAAAAAAAAAAUUAUAAAAGAUCUUGCCACUAUUUUUGCUAACAGAUGUGUUCUAUUGUAUGUAAUAACAACAUGUCCAACAAAUUCGAGGCACUGAAGACCAGUGACGACAGUGGAGAUGAUGAAUCUCAAUUGAAAGACAGUCAGAAAUCUGACAAAGACAUUUUAUGUAAUAUCUCAAUUUUUCUUGAAUUGCAGCCACCAUUAGAAAUAAAUCCAAAUGAUCAUAAAUUACAGUACUCAUAUGCUUUAUGGUACAGUCGAAGAAAUCCUGGUAAACAAACAAAUGUACAAAGUUAUGACCAAAAUUUAAAAUUAGUCGGAAGGUUUGGAAGUGUUGAACAAUUUUGGGGUUUAUAUAAUCAUUUAGUUAGACCUUCAGAAUUAUCAAUACACACAGACUUUCAUUUAUUUAAAGAGGGAAUUAAACCAAUGUGGGAGGAUGAAGCAAAUCAACGAGGAGGAAAAUGGAUAGUCAGAUUACGCAAAGGUUUGGUUUCGCGAUGUUGGGAAAAUUUAGUAUUAGCAAUGUUGGGUGAACAAUUUAUGGUAGGAGAAGAAAUUUGUGGCGCCGUUGUCUCUAUUAGGUAUCAGGAAGAUAUAAUAUGUGUAUGGAAUAAAACAGCAUCUGAUGUUGCAACGACAGCCCGUAUCAGAGAUACUUUAAGACGUGUUUUGCAUUUGCCAGGCAGUGCAUCCAUGGAAUAUAAAACACAUAAUGACAGCUUAAAAAACAUUCGCGUGUAGUUGUUUUCCUUUUUUUUCAAAAUUAAAUUUCCGACUGAAGUGUUUUUCGAAAAAAAAAAAUAACUACACUUCAUAUCCCAAAUAAAGUGAUAUAUAUAUAUUUUUUUUUGUAAAAUUUAAAUUCUUUGAAAUAUUUCCCUUUUUUCAUAGAAACACUUUUUACCACUUUUUCACCAAAAAAAAAAAACAAAGAUUUAUUCACAAUUUCGAAAGUUUUUGCCCCCCUGCCAUUAAUUGUGAGAAAGAAAAAAAUUUUUACAUUAUUUUAUUAGUGUACAUUUUCUCUUAAUUUUGGAUAUAUAUAUAAAUAUGUAUAUCUAUACUGAUAUCGAAUGUGAGAAGUUAUUGAAAAAAAAAGAAUUUUCGAGUGAUCAUUGAUGAUUAAAAAAAAAGAAAGCGAAUGAAUAUAAUUUUUAUUGAUUGUUAAAUUUGUACAAUAUAAGUUUAAUAAUUUGUAGUAUGUGAGAAUUUGACAAAUAAAAAAAAUCAUGUACUUAUAUUAUUUUUA